GGCAGCCAGCUAUCUAUCCAUCCAUCCACCUACAAUCGCUGUCAGUCAGUUUCUCUCAACAGCAGCUCAGCUACCGUCGAUAGUGCAACAUCCGAGAUAUACUGCUUUUGUAUCUUCUUGCCACACGUGCUACAUUACAGCCCAUUCUCGGCUGCUGCUGCUGCUGCUGCUGCUGUCAAUGCAUCAACAACUUGUCCUCACUGUGCAUCCGAGCGCUGCCCUUCGAGGAAGAUGUUGUUGUUGUUAUUGUUAUUGUUGUUAUUGUUAUUACUGUUGCUUAACCCGUCCUCAUGUCGACUUUCAUUGAGCGAGCCUAUGAUCAAAAGUAUUCCAGCCAUGGCCAUCCCAUAUUUUUCCAACGUACAGUGAACAAAGGAUCUACGUUGCGGUGUGAUUUAAGUGAGCUUUGGUUACAGUUUCUAGUAGAUCGCAAACCAUGUCGAAGCUCCCUCACUGGAUGUUAUUGUUGUUGGUGUUGGUGUGGUGUAGCCCCGCCCCAGGUCAGCCCUGACCGAGCAGGCCUAUGAUCAAAGGCGUUCUGACAGUGUCAAUCCCAUUCUUUUCCGACAUUGUCUAUCUCAGACUGCAUCAUCAAAUAUGUAAUCCUGUUUAUUAUUAUUAUUUUUUUAAAAAGACACUUCGGUGUUGAGCGAUAUUUGGUUGUUAUUUCUAACAGAUCGAUGACCACGUAAAGGCUUGCUCUCUCAUUGGCUCUACGAAAACACGUUGUUUUUUUUUUUUCCUUUUUUUUUGUUAAAUUUUCCAUCGACGUCGUCAACACCCACCCACAACAUUCGCCAGCAGUUGUUUGACAAUAGAUCUAUAUCCACUAUUUGACAAAGUCCCGUGGUAACCACUGCAAAUAUCCGAAUGCUUGCCUCUACAUCCAAAUCUGUUGCAUCUACAUCAAUUUUGCUGUUGUCUACAAGGUGUUACCGAUACAUCCGGGCACUGGCAUUUACAUUUUACACGUGUUAUUAUUCCACAUAGCUGCUACGUUGUUACUUUUACUGACACGGAGUUACUACUAUGGUCGACAUGAUUACGUGAAAGCAUAUAGAUAUGCAUACAUACACACACACACAUAUGUAUAGGCAUAUACACACUUUAUAUGCUUCUAGUUUCUUAAUAUCUGUGAUUUACUUCUUGCUUAACAUAUUUCCCCGUUUUCUUAAAGAUGUUUGAGGUUUCGGUUAUUACUGAGAGCCACACGAAGGACUAUGUAAAAGGGAGAAAGCAUUUUGAUUUCUCGACCAAGUUGGAUCAACAUCUUUUAAUUAAAGCUGGACAAAUAUACUAACUUUUUAUCUUUUAUUUUCCAAAGCUGGAGUCAUAAGAUAUCAGUGAGACUUUAUACACGACAUGGUUUUUCCUUUCUUUUUGAUUCUAAACCAGAUGGAUUCUAUAAGGUGAGUGUCUUACAUGUAUCCCUUGGUGUGAGAGGUAUGUGACAGAUUUCCUCUAAAGAUGAUGGCGUGAAGUUGAAGCAGUCUGCAAACCGAAACCAUAGAGUUAUUCGACCAAUCUAGUAUAACCGUUGCGGUCUGUUGCAGGAAAUAGUGCCAGGUGCUUGAGUCGAAAAAAAACUGGCUGAAUGCCCAAAGUGACAGGACAACCAAAAGGGCCUCAUAUGAGAUUUCGCCAUGCGAUGGACGGGAUUUCUCAAAGUGUUUGCUUAAGAUUCGAAUUAUUGCAGGGUUUGUGACAUCAAAAUUCAUAAUGGUAACAAUGCAGGAUUUCGUACGAGUUUGCGUGGCCGUCACGUUAAUCCAUGCACUUCUUGUAUGUGCAUUAGCCCAAAAUUCUUCAUAUGCCCCCCAAUACCCAGAGGGGCCAUUAGGCAGCGCUCCCAUUGAAAUCCCUGACGAAAAGAAAAUCAUAAGGGAUUUGUUGCUACUGUACGAAAAACGUGGAAUUGACGGUCGUCCAGUUCGUAACAGUUCCAUGCCAGUGUCUGUUAAGUUUAGCAUACAACUUAUACAAAUUAUGGACCUCGAUGAAAAGAAUCAAAUUCUUAAAUUGAGUGUUUGGGACAGAUAUGCUUGGAAAGAUGAGUUUCUUGUUUGGGAUCCAGCACAAUAUGGCGGUGUGACGAACGUACGAAUCCACCAAGAUAAAGUAUGGAAACCUGACUUUAAACUUUAUAAUUAUGCAGAUGAGCGAACCGAAGAACACCGAGAGGCUCUUGUCGUCGUCAAGUCUACAGGAGCUAUAGUGUGGAUGCCCCAGGUUAUCUACAAAAGUUCAUGUGCUAUAGACAUCAGCCAUUUUCCAUUUGAUGAACAAGAAUGUGUUCUAAAAUUUGGGUCAUGGACGUACGACGGUAAUAAACUGGAUGUUAAUUUUCUGGACAACUUAACCAAAAUCGAUCUGUCUGAAUACAUGCCCAGUAAUGCAUGGGAAAUAAUCGAAGCUCCUGCCCGCCGAAAUGUACAGUAUUAUACUUGCUGUCCAGAGCCAUAUCUUGAUCUGACUUUUACACUUAAGGUCAGGCGGCGUUCGGCCUUUUACAACUAUCUAUUGAUUUUGCCGUGCAUUUUACUUUCAACUCUUACAUUGGUUCUCUUCUGGAUACCUCCGGAAUCCCCAGCCAAGAUGGCUUUGGGUAUUAACAUUUUUGUGGCGUUUUUCUUACUCUUGGUUAUUUUGGAAUCCAGUUUACCGUCAGCAUCAACCGUGCCUUUGCUUGGUAUUUACUACUGCUUCAACAUGGUGAUUAUCACUUUGUCUUCUUUCUUAAACGUCCUUGUCGUCAACAUGGCCUUUUAUGGACCCCGAGGGGAAGUGCCACAAUUUCUCAAGACUUUACUGCAGGGGUUACUCCUGAUUAUUUCUGACAGCAACAAAUUCCAUUGAAGACGAACAGUACACACUCCUCCGCCAUCACCUCUAUGUUUUUUGUUAAUGUUUCAAUCUAAUCAAAGAAUGAAUACAUUAGUUUAAAACUGCGUUUCGUGCGUAGUUUUAAACUAAGUAUCCAUUAACAUAAUCGAUUAAAACGUGUAAUUAUUGAUUGUCUUCAACUAACGUCUGUUGCUAGUUGUGUCAAGCCCUAUGGUGUUAUUUUUUAAAAAAAUUGAAAGGAGAAUUUCGAUUCAAAGGUACUAGCACAGCUUAUACUUUUUGUUAAUAUUAUUAUUUAACCAGAGAAGGAGAAAGAGGGAAAGUGAAAAUAGGACCUGUAUCUAUAGUGUUUGUGGGUUACCACACACCCAUCCCACCGAUUGGUAAGUUGAUGUUCGAUACAAAUGAGGAUCGGCUUGAACAUGGGUAGAUUGAAACAAACAAUGAAAUGCAAGCAAAAAAGGGGAAUGACUUCAUAAAUAUAAAGCAUAAACAGAAUACUUAGAGCUCGAGUUUUUUCUUUCUCUCUGUCUGUUUUUUUCUUUUCUUCUCUUUAGUGGAGUAAGACACUGCAGGAGUGGCGAAUACAGAGGCGAAUACAGAUAGUCGAGUCGAGGAAAUUAAGUGAGUGAGAAUAGUACUCGGCGUUAGUAGACUGGGUGAUAGUUUACAGUGAAGUGUAGAAUACAGCGAUGCAUGUAUGCAACUCCAGUUAUUUUGGGUGAUGUUAGUAUGGUGCUUGGUAGGCUUAAAUACGGAAAUACGUAAUUCAAAUUGCAUAAAUUUUGCAAAAGAUUAUACUUGAAUUAUGUGAAAGUUGAACGGUUUGUUCUUCAAAACGCUCCACUCGAGACUCUGUAUUCGCCACUCCUGCAGUGACUUACUUGUUGUUUAUACACCUGUCUUUGUCUUUCUUUUGUUUUUCUGUAAAUUUCAACUAUAUAAAUAUGAACGCAUACAUACAUACAUUCAAACAUAACAUACAUGUUCACAUACAGACUUACAUACAUAUACGCUCACACAGUCACUCACACAUAUAUGUAUAUAUGCAACUGCGUGUGUAUACGUGUGUCUUUGCAAAUACAAAAGAAAGAACGUGUGCCAAAUACAUGUAGUACAGUUUAAUUAUUUUUGCUAAGUCGAUAAUUCACAUCAUAGUUUCCCGAGCGAGCUGUGCAUUCAGCCUAUUUUUUUUCAUUUUUAUAAAAAAAUUUUUUAAGUAAAUGCAGUGGAUAGAAUUAUUACUGGUUUUCCCUUCCCUCUUUUAAUCAGUAAAAGUCUUAUAGUGUGAUUCGAUGCACAGUAUUGGCGUUGUUGGAAAUCCAGGAUAGCUUCUUGAUAUUUACUGUGAGUAUUUAAACAUUUCGUAUAUAACAUAGGAUGCCCUCUUGUAAAAUAGCAAGUUCAGAAUGAGAAUACUAGAUAAUUUAAUUCAGUACCUGGUAAGAAUGUAAACCACAUAGACAGAACCUUCUUGGCGUAAGCAUUUUCCAGACACAUAAAUUCCAUACACAUUUCAAUGGAAACAAUAUCAAACCCAGCUAUGGCAGCUAAACAAUAUUGCCCUGUAUAUUUCGUAACACAGCUAAUGCCCAACCUUCUAGUUGCCAUCCCAACACCAACUUAAAAUUACAGAUCAGCUUAGAACUACCAACUACAUGAGUCACACCGUCAUUAGGUAGUGACAUGCCAAGCUACUAUAAAAUUAAAUGAUGUUGUCAAGAAGAAAAUAUACCGCACUUACACAACAUAUAUUUAAAAGCAGAUUUAACUAGCAUAAAUACACUUUCAAAUCCAGAGAUAAAAUCAAAACCACCUUGCUAUCACAAUAUGUCUGAGCCUAAAAGCUAGAAAAGUUGAAAACGUCUCCAUAGUCUGAAGCAUAAAAGAUAUAACACCCCGUUUACCCGAAUGGAAAUAUAUUCCCAUUUGUUGCAGCUUUUGUUGUUGCUUUCCUGCUUGUAUUUUUGUUUUCAUGUUGGAGGAAGGCGGUGAUGUAGCAGGAAUUGUAGAGCGUCGUAUUAAAUAUUGUACAAAAUUAGUUUUCUGUGUGAAAAUUAGUAAAACUCACUCAAAAAAUUAGUUUUCUGAGUGAUUUUUACUGAGUGAUGAAAAUGACUUAAUUACAUGAAUUUUGUAUUUAACUUCACCUCUCUGAAGAGGCAUAUGUUGUCGCUCAACUUUCUAAAUAUACCAAAUCUUCCCUUUCUAUCAUACACUAUUAUAUUAUAAAGUUGUGGACAUAUUGGAUAUGUACAAAGACGGGAUUUCCAUAUUUCUUAAACAUUUCAUUAUAAACUUAAUCGAUUAUGGCCGAUUUGAAUGCUUUGAAUGGUUUUCACCUCUAGGCUCCACAAUGUUGAAAUAAUUUCUACUCCUACGCCAAUAACUUAUAGUUAGCCAGAAGAUUUGUGUAAACAUUUCAUAUCAAUAAAGACUGAAGAAUGAUGACUGAUGUGCUAAUAGAUCGUAUUUCCAUCAGACAACAUAAGACCUGUAACAAGUUGGUGCAUUAACAGAAACGUUAGAGCGCUUUGAAUUCCUCAAGUACCCGUGAUAUACUAGGAGUCUGUUUCUUCAACUAUCUCUUUCGCCAUAAAAAGAAAUUAUUAUUAUUAUUAUUAUUAUUAUUAUUAUUAUUAUUAUUAUUAUUAUUAUU